ACAGACGCAAAGGCUCAUGUGAUCAGCCAAGACAUCAGCUGCUUCCAGAGACAGAUUAACCCUGGCGCUUUUCCCGGUACCUCUAAUCCUGAUUCCAGUACAAGCCUUGAUUCCAAUCACAGCAUCGCAUCCUCUACAAUAAGCAGACAAGAAGAUGAGAUUCCAGAGAAAGGAAAUAAAAUGAAGGAAAAACAGAUGAAAAACUCUCAUGAAUACAGCCAGGUCCUGGUUGUGACACAUGGAAAGGAAAAAGCAGCGGGGUUAAUUAAAGAUGAUAACAGUGAACUGGCCAAUUCCAGUUUUACAGGACAGUAUAAUGAGGAGGAGUCUGCAAGAUCUUUUCAGGCGGCUGUCAUGCAGUGGAGGAAAGAAAGGAGAGAUGGAACAAGAAAGCUUGUUACAACUGAUGCCCUGUGGACACCCUUUAAACCAGCAUUAGUGUCAGCAACGUCAACCCAGACUGACCUCCCUUCAGACAAAGAAGCUGAAGGACAGAAAAGGGAAGGAGCAGAAGGAAAGCUCAUUGUCAAACUGGAGUUUUCAAAAAAUAGCCUUACCCACAUGGAAAGACUGCUUCUCAAGAAGCACCGCAGGACUCCAUUUGAAAGUCCUCGAUCACAGGAUUUUGGCAUGGAUUUAAAACCACUACCUUCCAUAGACACUGAGGAAGAGAUGGCAACACACCUAACUGCUGAAGAGGAGGAUUUUCGUCAGUAUUGCUCAUCAUUGUUCAGUGUCCCAGUCAGCAAGGAAAUGGCUGGACCACAGGUCUCCACAUCUGGGUUGUCUCUUGUCAUAGAAGACUUGGAUGAUAUAUGCAGAGAUAUGAUGGUCUCUUUUGCUGAACAGAAGUUGGAUAACAACAGAAUGGUUUCAGAAGCUGAUGACUCCUCUCUCCAUCCAGCCCAACCAUCCAUCACAGCGGCUCAACCCAAAACAGCUUCUGUGUGUACAACAUCUGCUCAGGAGGCUGCCAGAACAUCAAAGAAAUCAGCCAAGUCGCCAUUUUCCAACUAUGGAUCACCACAGUUCUCCUCAUCCUCACCAGAUUCCCCAUUCAGUACUCCCAUGCCCCCCCUGCCUCCUGUUUUAACUUCAACAGACGUAUCAGUUGUGGAUGGCCCGGCGUCAGUCAUCCCAGAGGAGCAUCUUUUCUCCUCUUCAUCAACUCCUUUUUCUCUGAGGUCUACGUUCAGUGUCUCUCCAUCAGACUCUGCUCAGCAACUCUUAUUGCCAAAGUUUUACCACUCAACCCCACAACAACAAGACAGCAAGCAUGAGAUGAGGAGGGGAGGUCUUAGCCUGAUGUGUGAAGAAGAUUCCUGCAGAGAGAAAGCUCCGACUCAUCUACCAAGCCAGAAAUUAAGAGAAAUGAACGAUCAGGAAAUGUGUCACCCAGAUGAUUCAUUUCGACCUGCAAAGGAAACAAAAGAAAAAGAUUUGGAAAAUAUAGACAAAGAACAGCAGCAAGAACCACAGAUGGUGAUGCGAAACCAGACUGCUGAGUUUGGAUCUGAGCAGCUCUGUGAUCUGGAUGGGUUUUCGCCUUUAGGUUUUGACAUGGAUACCAGUCGCCCUGACUCACCAAAGCAGACACUCUGUGACGAACUUCACACAUGCCAAUUUCUAGAGCGUGACUCGGACCCAACAGGUUGUUCAGUAUCCCAAGCCUCUCAAGUGGUUACGGUGAUGUGUAGCGUGGAGCUGUCAGGCUGUGAGGAUCCAGAUUUGGACAAUGAAAUAACUGCGCAUCUUAUGCACAACAUGGAGCAGGAGCUAAAACUUGUGGCAAAUACACAGUUCAACUAUUUAGGAAUGGAUACAGGAGACAGUGGGAAGGAAAUCCAAGAUGAGAGCGGUCAUUUUAAAUGGGAUGUGCCCAGCAAGAAACAUGACCCCGAGGAGGAGACUCUAGAUGGAGAUCGACAGAGUGUCCUCUUACUGCCAUGACUCACCCUGUCAAGCAGAGACAAGCAAAAAAAAAAGUUCAUAUUUGAUGUUAAUUAUUUUCAUCAGUUGUUUUGCAGAUGCGUUUCCUCACACUUAUAUAAAAUGAAGAGUUUAAUAAGUUAUGUAUUUUCUCUAAUUAUAUGCGAUAUGCGUGUGCCUCGCUUCUGUGCACCAUGUUUAUGUUAAUCAUUUGGGUGUUCUGUGCCUUUCAGUGAGACGCAUGCCUCUAGAAGGAUUAGCUGAAGGAAUAACACAAUUUGACAUGCAAGGGAUGACGAUGGGAAGGGAGGUGACGGGAAGACAAAUGGUGUCUUUUCCUUUAUUCUCAGCAAGUGCCUGCCUGGAACCCUCUGACUAUGUGUUUGUAAG